AUGACUCGUAUUCUUGUUGUUCUUGCUAUAUUUCUCUUAACUAUUCAAAUCAAUGGAUAUCCUAAUGGUGCACCAAAAAAAGUAUGUAUCGGUUCUAUGAUACCUCAUCAUCAUCAUCUUGCACCACAACCACCAGAAACAAGUCCAAUAACAAAUUUUAAUACAGCAUGGAAUCCUGAUAGUGAAACAAUAUCUAUUCAAAUCGAAUCAAAUCAACCAAUGAAAGGCGUAUUUAUACAAGGUCGAAGAAUAAAUGGUAAUGAGCCACUGGGUACAUUUGUUAAUAUUCCAUCAGAAACACAUCUUGUUCAUUGUUCAACUGGUGAUGGUAUAACUCAUAGUUCACCUCAAAAAUGGACACAACUUCAACUAACAUGGAAAAAACCAACAUCAAUAACAAGUCAAGAAGAAAUUCAAUUUUGGGCAACAAUUGUUGUUGAUUUUGAAAAUUUUUGGGUUGUGAAAAGUGUUCCUACAGAAUUAAAACACCAACAACGUGUCAUGACUUUCAUGGAUACGAUGAAAAACAUGAAAAAAAUGGCAUUUCAAAUGAUGAAAUGGACAAAAAUUGACUUAUUUCAAUAUGACUGA